AUGCACAACCUGUUCCUGGGAGAAGUAAGACACCACUUCCGCGACAUCUGGGGUUUGGAGGUCAAGGAUAGCCAGAAGACGCGGGAUCCAUCAACCCAUUCGCCGGAGGACCAGAAGAAGUGGAUCGAUCACGUCGUCAAGGCUCUUCGCACGCGCUCCCUUUCAUCACUACGCAAGGCGCGCAGGGGCUACCUGGUAGCUUUUUGCCAACUGAAUGGCAUAGUCCCAACAGAAACCACGAAGGCGCACUAUGCUGCCGCCCUGUCAAACUGGGUAAAUCGACACUCCUCGGACGAUGUGGACGCCGUCGAUCUUCUCCAGGUGCCACCCCCGCUUUCGACAGCCACGGAGAACUUCCACAUCGCCGAUAAUGCUUACGAUGUAUCCAAGCAUCAAGUCUUUACGGCGAGCAUCAUUGGCAAGGUUCGGUCGGACAUCAAGGGGACGUAUCUUCCAUCUUGGCUCGAGCGUCCUCCCUCCAACUUCGGCAGCUCAUCGCAUGGCAAGCUCAAGGCCGACCACUGGAGGACCAUCUGCACCAUUAGCCUCGUUAUUUCCUUGGUGAAGAUAUGGCCGCACGACACUGCUUCUAGCUCGGAGCUUAAGGUGCUUGAAAACUUCGUCCAUCUCGCAAUCGCCGUUGAUUUGGCGUCUAGACGCUCUAUGAGCCCAGAGCGUGCGCGCUUGUUCGAUGCGCACAUGGCCUCGUAUCUCCGUGGCAUCCGCGAGAUUUUCGACCACGACCUCGUCCCCAACCAUCAUCUCUCCCUUCACCUGUGUACCUGUCUUCUCUUGUUUGGACCAGUUCAUGGCUGGUGGGCGUUCCCUUUCGAACGCUUCAACGGUAUCAUUCAACGCCUCAACACGAACAAUAAGAUUGACGAAAUUCCCCUCUCGUACAUGCGUCUCUUCUGUCUAGGCUCUCGUCUGCGACACAUAUUCGACUCUACGGACUGGCCCGAUGAAGAGGAAUUUGACGAUCUCACAUUCGCCUUCCGGCAGAUGUAUCCGGACACAACUCAAGGAUCACGCAUUGUCGACACCGUCUCUGCAGCAUCGAAGCUCGCUCGACAGAACUCGCUUCGAGAUCUGUUCAAUCGCCUUAUGAAGAAGGAGACUCAGCUCCCGGAGGGAACCUACGCCGAGCUGAUGCAACUGCUCAACCACUGUGGAUCCGCAUCAGCAGAUGGAGCAGCCGCUCCCUUCAUCGCCUUCCCUGAUACUCGCGAUCUCCCAUCGUCUCGCCUCCAUCGUCGCGCCAUAUUUAUCCCGAAGCUCGAACUAGGGAACAUAACCUACGGUACCCGUGACGACAAUAUACGGAACUCAUUCGUAUGUGUUCGCGAUCCUCUCUCUAGCGACACCACCUCCGCUCCGAUCCCUGGUCAAAUCAGUCAAAUAUUUCUGCAUCGUCGGACGACUCCUGACCACGAAGAGGAUCUCAUUGAACCCUUCAUCGUCAUCGAUCUCUAUGCCACCCUUUCCCAAGCACACUCCGCCCAUGAUCCAUACCUCCGGUUCCCCCUUCUCAACACGAAGCUCGUCUAUGAUCGCUUUUCUCGAAGCAUCCUGAUUCGACCAGAACAUAUUGUAUGCCACUUCGCUAGAUUGCUUUACCAACCAGACCACAUUUCUGAAGCAUGCAACGUUGUGCGGGCCCUUGGUCGUGUAUGUGUCUUACAUGCAUUUCCCACCUAUAUGUCGCUGAUUAUUUCGUGCAGAACUAGUUGUGCCUCUGUACUGUCUAGAUCUCGGUGA